AAUGUUAAUACUUCUUGGCUGCAUUGCCAUCUCUCUAUUGGGACUCUACUUGCUUUAUUGGAGUGAUUUGAUUUUCUACUGGUCAGAUCCAGUGAAAUGUCCUCCAACUGAAUUUCCAUUCCACUACGAUAGAAGCAAGUAUGAUGAAAUUUUCAGUGAUGCUCCAUUCGAAAAGACUGAAAACAAAUUUUUAAUUGUUGGUUGUGGAUUCAGUGGUUUGGGAAGUAGUGCCACAUUGACUCGUUAUGGUAUUCCUUUUGAUAUUGUCGAUACUAAUAAUGUUAUCGGAGGUAAUUGGAGUGUUGGAGUUUAUGAAUCGACACACAUCAUUAGUAGUAGAUUGACAACUGAAUUCAAAGAUUAUCCAAUGCCUUCUUCAUUCCCUCAAUUCCCAUCCUGUCGUCAAAUGAUGGAAUAUUUCCAUGAUUAUUGUAAACAUUACAGAAUUGCUGAAAGAUUAUCAUUGGAAACUACUGUUAAUAGUAUUGAACCUGUUGAGAAUAAGGAUUCUGAAUAUAAGGUUGAAUUUGAAAAGAAUGGUCAAAAAUUCACACGUAUCUAUAAGGGUGUUAUUAUUAAUAAUGGUCACCAUUGGUGUAGAAGAAUGCCAUCUUAUGAAGGUCAAUCCAAAUUUACUGGACUCUUAAUUCACAGUAAGGAUUAUAAGGAACCUUCAAUCUUUAAGGAUAAACGUGUUUUGGUCAUUGGUGGAGGAAACAGUGCUUGUGAUGUUGCUGUUGAAGCUGCAAGAUAUGGUAAGGAAAGUCACAUUUCUAUCAGAAGAGGUUAUUACUUUUUACCAAGAACUUUAUUUGGUAAACCAUCUGUUGAAUUGAUCAUUCCUUAUUUGCCACUCCGUCUUCAACAAAUAAUCUUUACAUUGAUUUUGAAAAUUACAACUGGUUUGGACUAUGAAAAGGACUAUGGUAUUCCAACACCAACUCACAGACUCUUUGAAACUCACCCAACUAUUAACUCUGAAUUGUUGCAAUAUUUAAAGUUAGGUGAAAUUCAUCCACACGGAGAUAUCAAAUGUUUCAAAGGAGGAAAUAAGGUUGAAUUCAAGAAUGGUGAAGAGAGGGAAUUUGAUGUUAUCGUUUGUUGUACUGGUUACUUUACAUCAGUACCAUUGUUGGAUAAUUUUGUUACAAAGACUGAAUUUGGAUAUCCAAAGUUAAUUCAUGGUAUCUUUGUUCCAAAUAGAAAGAAUUUGAUUUAUAUUGGAUUGGGUCAACCACGUUAUGGUGCAGGUUGCUUAAUUACAAGUAGUUGUGAUAUGGUUGUUAAAUUGCUCAAAUACCAAGAAAAGACCAGACAUCCAGUUGGUGAUAUUUUAGGAGCUGCAACUGGUGUCAACUUCCCAAGACCAAAGAAACCACACAUUUCGAAGGAUAUUUUGGUGGAUCCUCAUGAUGCUUGGAAGAAGACUAGAAUGUUCUCUCUCAUUCUUAUUCACAUGAUGCCGCUACUGGAAAAGUUUGCAGAAUGGAAGGGCAAACUUCCUUUAAAGAUUCUUGACAAAUAAACACAUUUAUUGUUCG